ACGGAAACAGAGUUAGUUAAAUGUGGUGGUUUUCCGCUCAUCUACUUCAUCAACCUCUCCUCUCCUCCUAUCACACACUUCUAUAUAAUAACACUCCAUCCUUCACUUCCCACCAUAACUCUCCCUCCUCCUCUUCAUCUUCUUCACUUCAAACUCUAAAUUCUCUAGAUCUCAAAAUACAACUAUGGAGUGCUGUAUGAUUGGACACCUAAAGACUCAGCCUUGGUGGGUUUUGGCUCUGUUCACUAUUGGCUCCUUGUCCAUACUCAGAUUCUCACUCUCUGUCCUCAACUGGGUGUUCGUCAAUUUCCUCAGACCCGCCAAGAAUCUCAGAAAGUACGGAUCUUGGGCACUCGUCACCGGACCCACCGACGGCAUUGGCAAAGCCUUCGCUUUUCAAUUGGCUCGCAAAGGCCUUAAUCUGGUCUUGGUCGGCAGAAGCCCCAGUAAGCUGAAGGACGUCUCCGACGCGAUUCAGGCCAAGUACGGCAAGACCCAGAUCAAGACCGUCGUCGUUGACUUCAGCGGCGACCUGGACGAAGGGGUGAAGAGGAUUCAAGAGAGCAUUGAGGGUCUGGACUUGGGGGUUCUGAUCAACAACGUUGGGAUUUCGUAUCCUUAUGCGAGGUACUUUCACGAAGUGGAUGAGGAGUUGUUGAGGAACUUGAUUAAGAUCAAUGUUGAAGGGACCACUAAGGUUACGCAGGCUGUCUUGUUGGGGAUGUUGGAGAGGAAGAGAGGAGCUAUUGUUAAUAUUGGGUCGGCUGCUGGGAUUAUACCCUCUGAUCCUCUCUAUGCUGUUUACGCAGCUACAAAAGGGUAUGUUGAUCAGUUCUCUAGGUGCCUUAAUGUGGAGUACAAGAACAAGGGGAUUGAUGUGCAGUGUCAGGUUCCAUUGUAUGUGGCAACAAAGAUGGCAUCUAUCAAGAGGUCUUCCUUCUUUGUACCAUCAACUGAUACUUAUGCGCGGGCAGGUUUAAACAAGAUAGGCUAUGAAGCUCGUUGCACUCCUUACUGGCCUCAUACUCUUCUUUGGGCUUUGGCAGCCUCAAUCCCAGAGUCCAUUUUUGACGCAUGGCGACUUCGAUUUAGCUUAGGCAUCCGAAAAAGAGGACAACUCAAAGAUUCAAGGAAGAAGGAUUAGACCUUUUGACAAAUUUCUAGCGAGAAAGCAGUUUGAUUUAGCAGAUUAGAACUUGUUAAAGUUCAUUGUUUCCUGAGAAGCCAUCCUCUGUUAUAUGUUUUUGAUUUCCAUGGUUUUUGUUAAUCAAUAACUUCCCUCGUUCAGAAGUUUCAAUAAAGUAUUUCCCUUCCCUCUUAUGCAUUCUUGUUAAAUGUUAAUGCCCUGAACAAAAUGUCGCCUCCCAUUGUUCCAAUAUCAUCAAUACACCUGAAUUAUCACAGCAGUCCCAUUAAU